GCUACUGCGCCACUCCUGGUCAGCGGUCAUAACAUUAGCGCUACAUCCAUCAAUGUCACGUGGUCUCCCUUGAAUGAGAUUAUUGACGGCAUCCUUCGCGGGUAUUCUCUUUUCUACCGAGUCAGGGGCGCUGGCAAUGACACCACAUUGCACGUCAACGUGACGAUAGAUCGCAACACUUCCGUUAUCACUGAUCUACAGCCCUCUACUGAGUAUCGCAUAGAGGUUUCUGCGUUCACCGGUGGUGGUUACGGCCCCAAGAGUGCACCUAUAUUUGUAUUCACCGAUGGACCGCCUCCGCCGCCAAAGGUCGUCCCAACAGAUAUUACUGAGACGAAGACAGCAACAACCUCGAGAUCAUGCGCAAUCACUUGGAUACUAGACCCCGGCGAGGAGAGAGGUCUGGAUGGCUACAACAUCUACUGGCGCCGCGCGGAUUCUAACGCCAGCGCGUGGCAGCAGUUCAGAGUGGAGAGUCUUAACACGAGUUAUGACUUAACCGGGCUUGAGGAAUACACGGAGUACAUGAUCCGUGUGUCGCUCUUUAACUUGGGCGGCCAAGGGAAUCUAAGCGAAGUACUGACGUGUACGACUAAGCAGGACGGGCCUAGCGCGCCUCCACAAAACGUGACUGCAACAGUCACAAGCCCCAACGCGAUAAUCAUCUCAUUUGGCAAGAUUCCCUCCCAAGACGAGAACGGGAUCGUCCAGUACUAUCGCAUCUGUGUUUACGAGAAGGAGCUUGGUAUCACCUUCAUGCAGUGCAUUCAGGUGAAUAAUACCGCAAAAGGGACCAGGAGAAGGAGAGAAGUGGCGUUUGAUAUGUACUCGAAGGCUUUAACUGGUCUUAAACCACACACUGAGUACGUAAUACAAGUACAUGGACACACAAUCAAGGAUGGGGUAUACAGCGACCCCAUUACCAUCACCACCGAUGAAGAUGUCCCCACUUUGCCUCCUGAAAAUGUCAUGGUUUUCAACACAAGUACCACAAGCCUGAAACUCCAAUGGGGAGAAAUACCCAGUGGACACCUCAACGGCGUCCUGCGAGCAUUCAACAUUACGUACUGGCCAACAAACGAUCCGAACACGAUCACGAACAUUAGUAUAACCCCCGAACAGGCACUCGGUACUGCCACCGUUACGCAGGAACACAACAUUACAACCUCAAGUGAGACACCCACUACAAGACCGUCUAGUGAGACACCCACUUCAACCUCUAGUGAGACACCCACUAAAACCUCUAGUGAGACACCCACUACAAGACCUUUUAGUGAGACACGCACUACAACCUCUAGUGAGACACCCACUGAAACCUCAAGUGAGACACCCACUACAACCUCUAGUGAGACACCCACUAAAACCUCAAGUGAGACACCCACUACAACCUCUAGUGAAACACCAACUACAACCUCUAGUGAGACACCCACUACAACCUCUAGUGAGACACCCACUACAAGACCUUUUAGUGAGACACCCACUACAACCUCUAGUGAGACACCCACUAAAACCUCAAGUGAAACACCCACUACAACCUCUAGUGAGACACCCACUAAAACCUCAAGUGAGACACCCACUACAACCUCUAGUGAAACACCCACUACAACCUCUAGUGAGACACCCACUACAACCUUUAGUGAGACACCCACUAAAACCUCAAGUGAGACACCCACUAAAACCUCUAGUGAGACACCCACUAAAACCUCAAGUGAGACACCCACUACAACCUCUAGUGAGACACCCACUACAACCUCUAAUGAGACACCCACUAAAACCUCUAAAAAGACACCCGCUACAAGACCGUCUAGUGAGACACCCACUACAAGACCUUCUAGUGAGACACCCACUACAAAACCUCCUGAGAUAAGUUUCGGACGACGGCGCCGUUCUGUGGCCACGCCCACAUAUAGCUGGGAGCUGACCGGACUCAAGAUAUGGACGGACUAUACCGUGCGAAUUAAUGGGUUUACUAUAGGUGAAGGGCCAAGGUCGCCAGAAAUGAACGCGUCUACAGACAUGGGCGUCCCUAGCUCGCCUCCUGAUGACGUCACAUACGAUGUCCUCUCGCCAUCGUCCAUCAUCGUGCGAUGGAAACCCGUUCCAGUCCACCACCGUAACGGCAUCAUACAGGGAUACCGUCUGCGAUACCAAACGGAGAUGCGCAUUAUUAUUGUAAACCUAACCGCUGAUCAGUACAGUGCCAUCCUCACAGACCUGGACAGAGUGGCGAACUACACGAUUUUCAUGUCUGCCUUUACUAGGUCUGGAGAAGGCAACUCCUCGUAUGACUUCAUCGCAUCAGAUUCAUUUGGCCCGAAGACCUCGCCAAUUAACUUGACCGCAGAGAACUGGGUCACCCCAUCCACCGUCCCAGUCUACUGGAUGCCACUCGACGAGCCGGAAAUUAACGAAAAGCUGAUGGGGUACCGCAUAUCUUGGCGGCCUGUCAGCCUGGGCGACGUAGAGGUUCGAAAUGCACCCUGGGAAAAUGCAACAGUGCGUAAAGACAGUCCCACGAAGUACAUUAUCCGGGGACUACUGAACUACGCGCGCUACGAGAUAAACGUGGCGGGGUUUACCAGGGGCGGCGAUGGACCAUCAGACUCGGAUCAUGGAGAAACCUGUCGCUGCCACAAGCGCAUCGCGGCGAACUAUCGUGUCUUCCCGCCUUACGUCAUCGCGACAGUCGGCGACGCCUCCGUCAACAUGUCCGGCAUGAUUCCAGAGAUCCUUGAUAACCUGACCGUGUCUUGCUGCAGGACAUGUUUCCAACAUGGGAAAUCAUACGUUGACUUUUUCACAAAUGGUCACGGUGACCCCUCCUACCAGCUCAACAGUAAUGACGUCAGGGAUUUAAUUGACAGUAGGAACGAACUUAGCUUUCCAGUCUAUGGAUGGAAAGAUCAGAAUUUCUUCGAUGGAGAAUAUCCGUUUAUCCCCCUUGUCGAGUCCCCGGGUUUCGCCUUUCUUGUCAAGUCGCCUGAGAUGGGAAGUGUACUACGGAGGAUUCUUAUUUCUAUCAUGGACAUGUGGCCAAUUGUAGCAGUGACGGUGCUGAUGGCCUUACUAGCGGGCGUUAUGAUAUGGGUUUUGGACACCACAGCAAACCCAGAACAUUUCCCAUCAUCUGUAGCAUCUGGCCUCUGGAACGGCUGGUGGUGGGCUUUCAUCACCAUGACAACCUUAGGGUACGGAGACCGUGUCCCCAAGACAAACAAGGCCAAAGUGUUUGCUAUUGUCUGGAUUCUCGUUGGACUUGUCAUCUUUGGAAUUCUCAACGGCUCAUUAACAUCUGCCUUCACGUCUAUUGUAUUCACGUCUACCACCGGGCUGUACAACACUAAGGUCGCGGCGUUGUCAAACACACCCGAAUAUCACUUUGGUGUCCGCAUGCAAGCCAUGGUAAACACAGAUCGGAAUUACUCCCGUUUCACGGAUGUGGUCCAAGCACUUACAAGUUCCUCGGUGCAUGGAAUCCUGAUCGAUGCUUACGAAGCAGGAUACAAGAGAAUCGAUCUAGCUGGAACUGGGAUCCGGAUCCAAAGGGUUUACGACCGGCUCUCCACAUACGGAGUUGUCUUGUCCGGACCAUCUGUCCGGCUUCAUCAGUGUUCUCGUAAUUAUAUGACUGCACACAAGGCCGAGAUGUUCGCACACAUCGAGAAGUUUGUCCUUGUUGUUGAGGCAGAGGAUUUCAACGAACUUGUGGAAUUAUCGACUGGCUUGUUUGAUAAAGAGUCCGAAGUGUUCAAGCAAGUCAUGAUGUACACCCUAGCACUCAUUGCUGUGCUGACGUCUUUUGCACUUCUCUGGGAGGUGUAUCGCUUGGGUAAAAAGCGGAAAUUUUCAGACUUCGACGCUCACCAAGCCAAAAGGAAAGAAAUGGAGGUUGAAAUUCGAGAUUUCGUAAACGCCUUUUGCACCGAGCUUACUGUUAGUUUAUCUGCUAUGAAACAACAGCAUUUGCGUGAACAGCUGGCCUUGGUACGCAAUCAAGAGAAGUCUGUCGUGACCUACAACAACAUGGAGUCAUUCACAUAAACCUUUUGAAACUAUUCAUAUACUUCUGCACUUCUCUUUCUUACUUUCUUAGGGGUUAAAAGUGGUUACAGCUCUUUCGAGCAUCAAAUACUUUUACACGAAAGAUAGAAAUGCGCCGAGAGAAAUAUUUAAGCAUACACUCUUUUUUAUAAGAACGUCUUAUUUUCAGUUGAGGCUGAGCCGUUCUUAUUUUUGGAGCAUUUUAAGGCUCUUAUCGAUGUUCUUAAAUUUCUGUUAACUGAAAUCAUACACACCAGCUGAGUAAAAACAGGAGCAGUUUCUUCAUUUUAGAGCGAUCACUCUGAUGAAAAAAAUAUUUUGCUGCUAUCUGAGCCUCGGCAUGUUUUUAGCAUAUUCUUAAAUUUUGGCGAAAUCCCAGCCUAGACGUUCUUAUAAAAAAAAGGUUUUUAUAAAAGAGAGUAAUGACUUCCCUCUUUUUAUUCGAAUCAUACGGCGCAGUUCAUAAUGACAUCGUAAACAUGUUGAUGUGUUACUAAAUGAAAGCUAAAAAAAAUGGUAGGUUUUGG